AUGGCACAUUUUGUUUAUCCUACUGCUAAUCCAAUGGCACCACCUCCGCAAGGCUACCCUGGAGCUCAGACCGCCUAUGUUACUGCAGCUCCUCAGGCAGCCUAUGCUGCUGCAGCAGCACCGCCCAGAGCUGGACAAGCCUACGAAGCCUACCCAGGGGCUGCAGCUUCAGCAGCAGUUCACCCAUCUACCCAGUAUACCUACUCCAGGGCACAAGUUGGUGUCACGCCCACCAUCACCUAUGACCAGUCCAAGGCAUACUAUCAGCCAGCAGCUGCUUCAUACACAGCCACAGCAGAACCUCAGUUCCAAGCAGCUAAACCCGUGUUCAGCACUGGUGCAACCUUUGCUGGCGCACAGAGACAGACUGCGGUGGCCCCUAAAAUCCAGCAACUUCCUGUGUCCUCUGCAGGGGCUAGCUAUGUGUACUCAUCCACUGCACCAGUUGCAACUACUUAUUCAGCAACUGGCUACACCACAGCUACAACGGCACAAACCAACAUCUCAGCUGGUUAUGAUGCUGCCCUUUACUCUGCUGCUACCAACUACUACAGCCAGCAGUCACAAGCCAAGCCAGGCCCCACAACCUGGAUGAUGAAAAAGCCAGCAGGUGGCAACCAGUACAAGCUCAAGCCCAAAGGUCCACCUAAAACUCCCCAGCUCCACUAUUGUGAAGUCUGCAAGAUCAGCUGUGCUGGCCCGCAGACGUACAGAGAGCAUCUUGAAGGCCAGAAGCACAAGAAGAAAGAAGCUGCCUUGAAGGCUAGUCAGCCAGCAGGUCGGCAGGCACACAACCAGAUGAGAUGUGAACUCUGUGAUGUCACAUGUACAGGUGUGGAUGCCUAUGCUGCCCACAUUCGUGGAGCUAAACAUCAGAAGGUUCUGAAGCUGCAUACAAAACUUGGCAAGCCCAUCCCACCAGCAGAGCCAGUCGUCCCGGCCAGUAAAGUGGCUGCAAAGACUGCUGUCGUCAGCAAGCCAGCCAUUGUUUCAGCAGCUGUGAAACCUAAGAUAGUGUCUGCUCCUAAAAUUAAUUUUGUUGGUGGUACUCAGCUGAAAACCAUGGCAGGAAAACCCGAGGAAGUGAAAGCACCUGCUGUUGUUGCAGCCACAGUGGCACCUGCCUCUGCAGUUACUGAGGUUGUGUCUGAAACCAAUGACACCAUGUUAGAUGAAGACGAUGAUGGCAAUUCUGCAGAAGACAAGGAUGUGACUCCAGUAGGUCAUGAGUACAUCGAGGAGAUUAAGAAUGAAAUUGGAAAAGUUGUCAGCUUCAACUGCAAGUUAUGUGACUGCAAGUUCAAUGACCCCAACGCUAAGGAAAUGCAUUUGAAAGGUCGCCGCCAUCGUCUCCAGUACAAGAAAAAGGUGGACCCCAACCUGCAGGUGGAUGUGAAACCCAGCAUACGGGUUCGCAAAAUUCAAGAAGAUAAACUGCGCAGACAGGCCCAGAAGGAAGAAUUUUGGAGGCGGAAAGAACAACAGGAGCGAAUGCGUGAAGAAAUGAGAAUGGAGGAUGAGAUUUACUGGGGUCAUCGGCGCCUGGAAAUGAUGGGAGGGCCUGUUUUCCCGGAGUACAUGGAUUGGCAGAGGUUUGGACCCAUGCCACCCAUGGGGCCAAUGGGACCCAUGAUGAGGCCUCCAUUUCCUGUUCAUCCAAUGCAUAUGCGGCGACCUGACACAUCAGACGACAGACAUGUUAUGACUAAACACAGCUUCAUCUAUCCCACAGAGACGGAGCUUCAAGCAGUUCAGAGUAUUGUUUCAGCAUGUGAAAAGGCUUUGAAGUUGGUUUCAGAUUCGCUGACUGAACCUGUUCCCAGCAUUGGCAUGGAUACUGAAACUGAACAGGGUGAAGAUGUGACUGCUGUAGGUCAGGAUGGAGACAAGGAAAGUGGUGAGAAAAAAGAGGAGCCAGUGUCUAACAGACUCCUGAAGGGUGUGAUGAGAGUCGGAGUGCUGGCCAAGGGUCUUCUUCUCCAUGGGGAUCUUAAUGUCAACCUGGUUGUCCUUUGUGCUCAGAAGCCAACUCGGAGAUUGCUGAAACAAGUGGAGGAUGUCCUGCCCAAACAUCUGGCGACUGUCUCAAGUACACAGUACGAGGUGCGCCGUUGUGUUCAAGAUGCUUCUCUUAUAGUCAGCUGUGACGAGGAGCCAGCAACCAGCUGUACCAUCACCCUGACAUCACCUGUCAUGAGAGAGACCAACCAGCCUGAAGGAGAGACGGUUAACGUCAAAGAUCCACUGGAUGUCCUCGACAGGCAGAAAUGCCUCGAUGCCCUAGCUGCUCUACGUCAUGCGAAAUGGUUCCAGGCUAGAGCAAAUGGAUUGCCUUCCUGUGUAGUCAUCAUCAGGAUCAUGCGUGAGCUGUGUCAGCGUAUCCCUACCUGGGCUCCGCUACAUGAGUGGGCGAUGGAGCUGCUAGUUGAAAAGUGUGUCAGCACAGGCGGGCCAAACAUGGCACCUGGCGAUUCUCUCCGUCGUGUCUUUGAGUGUAUUGCUUCUGGAAUCCUAUUGCCAGGAGGUCCAGGCUUGUACGAUCCUUGUGAGAAGGAGGCUUAUGAUGUGACAGCCACGCUGACCAACCAGCAGCGAGAGGACAUCACAGCUCUUGCCCAGCAUGCCCUGAGACUGAUAGCAUUCCGUCAGAUCCACAAAGUUCUGGGCAUGGAUCCUCUGCCAGCUCCACGGUUCCCUGUUCGGCGGUUUAAUAAUCGCAAGAGACGUAACACCAGCAGUACCGGAGAAGAAGGGGCUGAGAAGAAGGACAAAAAAGAACCAGAAGCAGAGGCUGCACAGUGA